AUGCAGGGAGUGGAGAAUUACGUCGGAUUGUUCGUCGGGCUCUCGGAUCCUCGGGCCGUUUUCUCCGACGCCCUGGACAAAAAAGCCUUCAAAGCUGUCAACCCUUGGCAAAACACCAUGCCACAAGAUUUGCUUUCCGAUUUUGUCACGGACAUGUUGAACAAAGAGAAAAAUGACCCGGACAGCAUCAGUAUCAAUGAAGAUGGAACGGUGACGGUCAGUUACAACCUGAUGAUCGUUAUUGCGAAGCCGAAACCCACAGACCAUUAACUUCAUCGAAGUUCCGCAACUUCAUGUUUUGCAAAAUCUCGACGACGUAACUGUAAUGAUCAUCACAGCCAUGGCGAAAAAAUGAGUUUUCAUUAAGAAUAAUGGAACACUAAUUUUCCGAUAUAAUAAAUUCGCGACCGCC